AUAGGGAAAAGAUCUGCUUUGUGUCCCCAAGAAGGUACAUGAAGCAGUGAGCAGUGUUAUAAUGCAGUGAUGUAAUGUUGUACAAAAGACUGGAAGUGCAUGGGGACCAGAGAAGCGGAACUGGAGCUAUAACUAGCAGGGGAGGAAUGGACCUUUGCUGCAGGGGGCUGACAUCUGAUUGGAGGGGUGUGCUUGCUACCUCCCCAGAGGGUGUGUUUUUAUUACCCACCCUAUGGCAACCUUCCCUGAAUCUCCCCUCAUGGUCCUCCAGUGGCAUGGGGCACAAAUGUCCCCAGCAAACUCUGGGGGAACUGGCUUUUCCUUUGAGAGUGAGUACUUGUGUUCUGAAAUCCAGGCACACAAGUACAAGAUGGCAGCUAUCUAAGAAAUUCGUGUGAUAAAGAACAUGGGGGUGUUGGCCACAAUGUUACAUGAGCUGAUAGGAUAGGUGGACCUCGCUCGUGUUCCCAUAAAGAUGUUAACUUCAGGCUGAGUUAAGAGAAAUAGAGCUUCCAGAAUGAGAGAAGAAAGCUAUCCUGCUGGUUUCUACCCUAGGCAGAAACAGCUGAAAAAUACCGUCUAAUUUAGGGGCUGUAUUUCCAGAGGAACAACAACAAAGGAAAUAAUGCCUCGGCUGAAGAAAAGAUGCUCCCAGGCAUUGAUCCUGCUGGCCUUAGCUGUCGGGGUCCUAAUUUUCCUCUUCCAAGACCAUUCCUCUGAGCUCUUCUAUGAGACUCAUUGGCAAGAUUUGGGGAUGUCUGAGCCCCAACACCAAAUAGUUCUGGAGCCCCAGCAACAGCAGAGGGUCCCAGAGACCCAACCCCCAGCCCUCCCUCAACGUCUUCUGGUUCCCUGCUUCGCCAAUGCCUCUGUGGCCAACAUGUCUGGCUUCUCAGCCCAGCCCAGGCACAUCCAGGACUUCCUCCUUUACAAACAUUGCCGGGAUUUCCUGAUCCUUCAGAAUGCCCCCCCAAAUAAGUGUACGGGGUCCCCUGGGGGUUUGGGCCCCGUCUUCCUCUUGCUGGCCAUCAAGUCCUCGCCUAAGAACUAUGAGAGGCGGGAUCUCAUUCGUCGGACAUGGGGGCAGGAGAGAGAGGUCAAUGGGGCCACCAUCCGCCGACUCUUCUUGGUAGGCACUGAGCCUAACGGCCUGGAAGCUCGAAAAGUGAACUGGCUCCUGGCCAUGGAGGCCCAGGCCCAUGGUGAUAUUCUCCAGUGGGAUUUCCACGACACUUUCUUCAAUCUGACCCUGAAGCAGGUGCUGUUUCUGGAGUGGCGGGCUGUCCAGUGCCCUGAUGCUUCCUUUAUCUUCAAUGGCGACGAUGAUAUUUUCGCCCACACGGACAACAUGGUGGUGUAUCUGCAGGAUAAUAAAGCAGACAAGCACCUGUUUGUAGGCUAUGUCAUCAGAAACGUGGGGCCCAUCCGUGUGCCAUGGAGCAAGUAUUUUGUGCCAGAGCUGGUGAUGAAGGAAAAUAAGUACCCUCCCUAUUGCGGAGGUGGUGGGAUCCUGAUGUCUCAAUUCACCACUGGAGCCAUCCGGCGUGCCUCCCACGUGAUACCUCUCUUCCCGAUCGACGAUGUCUAUCUGGGCAUGUGCCUGGAGCGUGAAGGGCUGGCACCAGCCACACACAUGGGAAUAAGGGUAGCGGGUAUCCAACCACCGUCACCCCGAAUAGGGUCCUUUAACCCCUGCUUCUACCAAGACCUGCUCCUGGUCCAUCGUUUCUUGCCCUAUGAGAUGCUACUAAUGUGGGACGCCCUCAAGAAUUCAGAUCUGGAAUGUAGUAAAGUCAGUAUUAUACAACCCAAGUAACUGAGGGUUGGUCCACAGGACCAGAUGAUCAGACUGAGUGAGAGACCCCUAAAGAGACUGACCCAGCAUGUGACACUCAGAAGAGCAGAAGCCAGGACAAGUAACUUCAAAGCCAGCUGUGUGACCUUAACCAAGUCACUUCCCCUAGUCGGAACCUCAGCUUUUUCCUUUAUAAAACUGGGGAGAGCACCCAACACUG